AUGAAAGUUAAUGAAACCAGAGAUGCAAAAGCUCUUGGUAUCAUUCAAGGGGCAGUGUCUGAUGAGAUUUUUCCUCGAAUCUCAAACUUUGAAACCUCCAAGACUGCAUGGGAUGUUCUUCAACAAGAAUUUCGUGGUGAUAAAAAGGUUAGGUCUGUCAAACUACAAUGUUUAAGAAGAGAUUUUGAGUACACUAGGAUGAAUGAUGGUGAAGCUCUAUCUGUUUAUUUAACAAGAUUGACUGACAUUGUGAAUCAAAUGAAAACUCUUGGUGAAGAACUGACAAACCAAAGAUUAGUACAAAAGAUACUUAUUAGCUUGCCUAAAUCCUAUGAUUCCAUCGCAUCUAUUAUAGAAGAAACUAAGGACCUUGACUCCAUUGAGGUUCAGGAGGUGAUUGGUACAUUGAAAGGCUAUGAGCAGAGGUUAAAUAGGCACUCUGAAAACUUAGCUGAAAAGGCUUUUACUAGCCUAAGUGGAAAACCCAAAUGCACCAAGUGUGACAGAUUUGGCCAUCUAGCAAAAGAUUGUAAUCCAAGAAGGAACCAAGCUGUCAAUUAUGCACAUAGAGCAGAAGAAGAGGAAGUAAAUGUCUUUUAUGCUUGUAGUGUUGCAAAAACUGAAAACAAGAGAGGAAUCUGGUAUAUUGACAGUGGAUGCAGUAAUCAUAUGAUUGCAUAUGAAUCCUUGUUAAUCAACAUUGACAGAAGCUUUAAUUACAGAGUUAAAAUGGGGAAUGGACAGCUAGUGGAAGCUACUGGAAAAGGAACUCUUGUUCUAGAGACAAAGGGUGGAAGAAGAUUCAUCAAGGAUGUAAUACUUGUACCAGGUCUUGAUGAGAAUCUCCUUAGUGUGGGACAGAUGAUUGCUCAUGGUUACUUCUUACUUUUUGGAGACAAUAUGGUGGAGAUCUUUGAUGACAGAAGCCUCUAA